CUACGAUUUCUUCUCCCUCUACACAUACCAGCCAUGCAAUUCUUGUUACUCCUCACAUCGACACUUUGCCUGGCCGCCGUCGCCCGGGCAGCUUGCGAAAACCCGGCCUCGUUCAAAAAAUGCGUCGAGCAAACGCGCGCUGAAGUGAAUAUUUGCGGUAUAAACAUGACAUGCAAGUGCGCGCGCCAAGAGUACGUUGUCCGGUGCUAUGAAAAGUGCGGUGAUGACGAGCACUACAUGAGAAUGAAGGAGGGCGAGAAGGGUCAGCAGCAAAUCUUUUGCAGCCAGACAAAGCCCGGCGAGCCCGAGGACCUGCCGAUCAUCGGAUCCGAAGGCGGCAGCAGCAGCAAAGCAAAGGAUAAGAAAAAGAACGACAAGCCAGCGAAACCCGAGUCCAAAUCCGCUCCCAAGCCACAAGCCCUGCCACCACAGACUGCUCAGCAGGGAAUGAGCGAUGGUGAUGAACCUGCGAUGGGUGCCCGCGGCAACCGCAACGGCAUAUACGAGGACCUUGGUGCCAGCAAUAACCUGAUCCAUGGCGGGUCUCUGGGCUCCAACGAAGGCUCAGUCAAGGGAAUGGCGGGCGGCAAUGGCCUGGUGAUGGGAGGUGUCGAUGGCGGCGCAGCCAGUGUGACAUUGCGUGCUAGUUCAUUAGUGGUUUUAGCAUUGGUAUUUUGCAACUUUGUGUAAGUGCCUAGUUUCGUCUUCAAAAUCCUA